AUGGCUGAUCAGUUCUUGGGCUUCGAUUUGAGCACUCAGCAACUCAAAGGUAUCAUCGUCGGUUCCGAUCUCAAACUUAUCCACGAAGCCAAAGUCGAUUUCGAUGCCGAUCUCUCCAAAUAUGGCAUUGAGAAGGGUGUCCUCACAAACCCUGCCGAGGGCGAGGUUUUCGCGCCCGUCGCCCUGUGGCUCGAAGCCAUUGAUCUUGUCCUGCAGCGAUUGAAGGAGCAGGGUGCCGACUUCUCCAAGAUCCAGGGUAUCUCGGGUGCGGGUAUGCAACAUGGUACCGUAUUCUGGAGCAACGAUGCAGAGACACUACUUGGCAGUAUGGAUGCUGGAAAGACACUGCUCGAGCAGCUGGAAGGCGGUGCCAAGGGCGAGAGGAAGGGUGCCUUCAGCCACCCCUUCAGUCCAAACUGGCAGGACGCAAGUACACAGAAGCAGUGCGAAGCUUUUGAUGCGACACUGCAAGAACCUAGGAACCUGGCCCUAGCUACUGGAAGCAGUGCCCAUCACCGCUUCAGUGGCCCUCAGAUCCUUCGCUUCCACGACAAAUACCCCGAAGCCUACAAAGCGACCGCUCGCAUCUCUCUCGUGUCCUCUUUCCUCGCUUCCGUCUUUCUCGGUAAAGUCGCCCCCAUCGAUAUCGGAGACGUAUGCGGAGCCAACCUGUGGGACAUCAAGAAUGGUCGUUGGCAUGAGGAUCUUCUUGCGCUCGCAGCUGGAGGGAGUGACGGCGUCGAGGACCUCAAGAAGAAGCUCGGAGGUGUUCCGGAAGAUGGUGGCUCAAGCUUCGGUACCGUCUCGCCAUACUUCAGCAAGCGCUAUGGGUUCCCAUCGUCGGCUCAGGUCAUUGCGUUCACUGGUGACAACCCAUCGACCAUCCUUGCCCUUCCUCUACGCGCGUCCGACGCCAUCGUCUCGCUAGGGACCUCAACAACAUUCCUUAUGUCUACACCCCAGUAUAGGCCCGAUCCAGCAUACCAUUUCAUGAACCACCCCACCACAGCAGGCCUCUACAUGUUCAUGCUCUGCUACAAGAAUGGUGGUCUAGCACGCGAGCACAUCCGCGACGCCAUCAACAAAGCCUCAGGCUCAUCCGACAAGUCCUGGGACAAGUUCAAUGAGACAGCCCUCACAACUCCUGCACUUGGCCAAGCUCAACCCUCCGACCCUAUGCGUCUAGGUCUCUUCUUCCCCCGACCAGAAAUCGUACCAAACGUCAAGGCAGGAACAUGGCGAUUUCUUUCCAAAGAUAAUCAGCUCUCGCCCAUAGCACCAGAAGCUGCCGAAGGCAAGACUGAGGACAAAUCUUGGCCCGUUCCUCAAGCCGACGCCCGUGCAAUCCUCGAAUCCCAGUUCCUGUCAUUGAGACUGCGCUCUCAGUCCCUUGUUGAACCCCAGGGCUCUCUCCCCGCGCAACCUCGCAGAAUCUACAUGGUUGGCGGUGGUGCCGUGAACCCCGCCAUCGCCGAACUCGCCGGUCAAGUUCUUGGUGGCUCUGACGGUGUAUACAAGCUUGAGAUUGGAGGGAAUGCUUGCGCUCUCGGAGCCGCGUACAAAGCUGCCUGGGGCGUACAACGUUCAUCUCCACAGGAGAAAUUUGAGGAUUUCCUUGAGGCGCGGUGGAAUGAGGAGGGCUUUGUCAAGAAGAUCUGUGAUGGCUACAGGAAGGGUGUCUUUGAACAGUAUGGCGAUGCACUCAAGGCUUUCGAUGAGGUAGAGAAGGUAGCACUUAGGGAGAAGGGUGAGGCCGAGAAAACGGAUGCUACCAAAGAGGCUAUGGGGCUGCAGGGUCUGGAUAGCCAGAGGUAA